ACGAAAUAAUCGAAGUUCUAGUAAUAAUUUAAUGAUUCAAGAUGAUAUUCAGAGUUCAAUUAUAAAUAUAUCUUCAUAUGUUUUGAAUCAAGAAUUAUCAAUAUUUAAGAGCAAUAAUGAAUCUGUGAAUAGAUUAGAAUAUAGUAAUGAAUUUGAAGGUAGAUUAGAAAGUUAUGAUAGACUUGAAGAUGAGUUAGGCAAAAGUGAUAACAGAUUUGAAAAUAGGUUAGAAUGGGAUAAUGAAUCUAAGAAAGAAUUAAAAAGUAACAAUAACAGUUUGCUUACAACUAAUAUAACUUCUACAACAGAAAGUGAAGAGAGCAUACUCUUUAUAUCAUCUGAGAUCGCUAUUCUAAUUCGAUUUUUAAAAGUUAAAGUGCAAAAUAACUUAUUUAAUAAAGCUUUUCAUGAGAUUAUAGAAGCUGUGGUCACAAAACCAAUAAGCUUAUACUUAAUUAAAAAAACAUUGUUAUCAUUAAUUCCAUUCAAGCCUAAAUGA